AUGAACCCUGCCCCGGCCGAACCAGAGCCUAAACCCAGAAUGAACCUGAACCAGAACAGAAUAAACCCCAGCCCAGGAAAGAGGGAGCGGGGGUAGGUCAACAAAGUGUUUCUGCAGGAUUUUGCAACUCAAUUACAUCACAGCCCCAUCGACAAAACUGGCCAACGCAUAUCUGUGCUGAACCUGUUGUCCAUCUCGCUCCGGUUGGUGGAGUCCUGGGAGUUUCCCAGUCGAUCCCUGCCUGCAGGAUCCAGAUACCAGAUUCCCCAAAAACUGACGGAGCUGAAGACGGGCAUCCAGCUGAUGAAGGCCAAUCAGGACGCAGCAGAGCUGUUUGCUGAGGGCUCUCCACUGCAGCUCGCUCCGUCCGGGAACUACUACCAGAGCAGCAGCAUGAGGAGAACCUACGAGCUGCUGGCCUGCUUCAAGAAGGACAUGCACAAGGUGGAGACCUACCUGUCUGUGGCCAAAUGUCGACUCUCUCCAGAGGCCAACUGCACCCUGUAGCCCCAUCCACAAAACGGAAACCCACCUCUUACAAUAUAGCUCCGCCCCUUGAUGUGUAGUCCCGCCUCUCUGCUCAAUAGCGUUAGUAUUAGGAUUAGCUUCUGUUCAGUGAUUGGUUGAAGCAGUUUGUGUUUCUGAUGAACUGAGUUGACAGUUAUAAACAGGAAGUGCUGAAUGUUUUAAAUAAAGUUUGUUCUGUGUUGCA